AUGGACGCAAGCAACUCCAACCUCACGGACUCCAGAUACGGAUACGAUUUCGUAGUCUCUACAACGCAGGCUAGUAUCAACUCAGACUUGCUCGAGUACCUCUGCGAGAGCAAUCAGCCAGUUCAUCAUGUGUGCUAUCUAUUGGAUCCAAAAUCCAACAAGGCCACAAAUACUAUCAGCCUCGACGAGCUACUCAAGAGGACAGACCGAGUCAACCCGUUCGAGAUUCCAGACGGCACGCCGGCAGAUGACCCUCGAGUACAGACGCUUACCCGGAACAACUUCGCGGUCGGGGUGAAAAUCCGUAUCGGGGUGCCCCCAGGGAAGAUGCCCAAGCAGCUUCCGCCAGUUCUGGAGCUGGGGAAGAUCAACGGCAAGUCUCUCUUCAGGAUGUUCUGCUCCGAGUUCCAGGUCAUCCAGAACACCCCAAGCGAUGGAAAGACCUCUAAAGGGACUUGGAAUGUCUGGGUUCAGCCUUCUGGGUCUCCGUGGUACAUCGAGACGGCCGUCGACCUUCUCAAUUCCGGCCUCGACAGGAACCUCGAGUCGCCCUAUUUUAAUCAGCACCCGGAGCUCAAAGAAAAUCUCAAGGCCCAGAUUGACAGCUUGUCUGCCAACACAACGUUCAGUCUUCAACAAACUCUCUUGGACCUGGAGAACGCCGCAAUGCACAGCGCGCUUGAUUUCGUUGGAAUCCCGGCUGAAUCUCACGUACUUGCCAUCUUGCAGGAGAACUUCGUCAAAAUUUACACCAAGGCCACCAAAAACUACGGGCAGCCAGUCCUUGCAGUCUCAGCUGUCUCUCAAAAUAAUUCAGACCUCUCUCAGCUCCGUAUGACGUCCUUUGAGCUGGGUAUCAGCCCAUACAAGCUUAAUGGUGUCGUUGUCAACAACCCCAAUCCCCAAGAGUCCGCUGUGACAACACUCAACUACCUGUGUAUGACGGACGGUCACGGAGCCCCGGCAGUUUCGGAACCGUACUGGAACUGGAUUCUACCCAGUCAGUUGCAAAACGAGAGUGGCAUCAUUGCUAUCAAGCGGAGCGUGUUUGCCGAGCAGUUGAUGCAGACUAUCUUACCGUCUGCGAUGAAAUCUUGCCUCACUUCGAAGGUCGGGAUCACAUUUACGGAUUGGUGGGGUGGGGAUUGGCAGCCGGAUUUGAAGUUCUUCCCAAAUCAGCAUCCACAAAUCACUGAAGUCCGCAACCCUGACCAAAACUCGUGGAUCAUCAACAUCACUUGGUCCUCCGCCGGCGACGCGGGAAUCGAAGCAUCGAAUUCGGAAACUGUGUACUCUGACACGUUGAGAGUUGAACCACACUACACCUGCGAGGUUUUCGUCGACGGCACAAACAUCUACAUCACUCAGCACAUGUGGAUCAUUAUAUCAGCAACGUGCGAGGGUGUCUAUCAGGCACCACUGAAUGGUUACGACUUCACUAUCACCGACACGUACGACUUAUCCGUGGACCAGACUGGCCGUUUGAACAUCAUGCGCGACAGCAACAAGCACCACACAGACGACAAAUCUCAGUCCCCUGAUGCCGGCUACCUAGCAAAUGCAUUUUCGGGCGUCAACGACGCUGUCAAUCAGAUCAAGAAUCAGAUCCAAGGUCUUGUCAGCGUAGAUUUACAGAGCAUCGACUUCCCUACCCCCCAAAAUUUCGUAUUUCCGGGUGGCAAGGUGUUUACGUACACGUCCGCCAAGUUUUCUGACCAUCAGGACUUGGUCUGUGACAUUACUUAUGCAGCGCCGACCAAAUCUUCCCAGCCGCCGCCUCAAACAGUAGUCCCAGACGCCGAUUCGUCAUGGGCCAAGGCCCCGACUGAGAUCGGGGUUGGAACUGCGCCAAAGCAUCCUGGAGCAACCAGCCCGUCGCUACACUCAAUGACACACACGACAGAUCUGAUCCAGAACUACAUCCAGGGAGAGAUUGUGGCUCCUACUGCGAAGUUUGAAGCUCUACAGACUGACGACGGCCAUUCGUUGCUAUUUGCCCUCGGCAUGGACAACGUCCUGCAAGUGAUCAUGGAACAGAGUGGCACGACCAAGACAGGUUGGGUUCGGGAGAAUCUCUCGCUUCCUUCUCAGUUGGUACGCACUUUUGACGUUGGACAAAGCGUCACGGAUGGAACUAUAGGGAUGGCUCUGGUAGUAUCGGAGGGGGGUGCCGACCAACUGUUCCUGUCCCUUUUCAACUCCAGCUCGGAUACAUCCUGGACAGAGAAGCCAACUUGGUCUGCUAUUCCAUUCGAUGUGAGCGAGGAUAUGGCGCCCGGACACACUGUCAACAUCCUCCGUGUCAUGUUCGCAGAGCCGGAAGGCAGUCGGCAGCAAAUCAUCGUCGACGUGGAUCGCUCAUCGUCUAAUGAGCACAAGAACAUUGCUCGUUACUACGUCGACCCUCAGAAGACAUCUGGUAGAUUCUGGUCAUCGCAUGAUGUGCCAGUCGAUAUCGAGGGGGGCCAAUAUCAGAGCUGCGUGGGUAGAGUCGCUCGUGGAUUCGUGGACGGGGUAUACACCUGUGGAUCUUCCGGCGGCUCAGCCCAGCUUGUCUACGUCCCCAUUGAGAACGCAUUCGGCGAUGGCCCUCCAGCACCAUCACGUCUCAGCCUACCACAGAACGUGGGGGCAUCCGCCAUCGCCGCUGCUCGCAGGCCAGGCUCACUCGCGUCUCCCGACGGGACGACAGACCUGUUCGCGGUCGGUGACUCGGUCCUGUACUACUUCCCAGCGGAAGGCCAAACGGAUUUAUCCGUCGGCAAGCCCUUGCUCAACAAUAAGGUACUAUCGGGCACCUCGGAGAUGGCGGCUAUGACUCGUGAUGGCGUGACAACGAUCUGGGGCAAAAAUGCCAACGAUGAGGUAUUUUGCCUCUCUUGCCCCUCCAGUCAGCUCGGUUCUCCGGAGGCAUGGAGUGUGCCUGUACCCAUUUUGUUUGGCGUUGAGCGGAUGACUCCGUACCUCAACCGCAGAGAUGGAGGCAAAGCCAUCUUCACUUCCGGGUCCGGUAAGCUUGAAAGGUUGACGCAGGCCACCGGCACCGAAGCCAAGAUUUGGGUUGCGGACGAUAUCAAGCUUCAGGCCGGGAAGUCUACAGCGAAACCGCUCCAAUUCAAGUCAUACACGACUACGAUCCAGGUCCUCGAUAAAUACGAUCUACCAGCUCCGGGUGUCACUUUGUCAAUAUCUACCAAUUCACGCACGCCCGUCUACAUGAAUGGGACUUACUACGUCCUUGGGCAGGCACCCAUCAAGGUGGCUGUGGAUGCAACUGGGAGCUUGACCGUCGUCGAGGCGCUUCAGGAUCGCAUCAACGGCACUAUCAUGACAGUGAUCUGUAAUGACGGAGAUGCAGAGGCUACCAUAAAUCCUAUGGAGAAGUCAUUCAAAAGCAUAGCCGCGCUCAGCAGCGAGGGAGCCCUUCGAGACGCCAAAGUCCCUACGCGGACGGUCGCUGGCGGCAUCAGGGACAACACGACAUGGGCCGCUCUUGUAGAAGGAAGUGUAUCGCAGUCUGAUAGGGCCAACGCCGCGAACAGUCUCGGCAAACUCGGCACGACUUAUGGACUCCUCAAACCCACCGUCUCCUCUACUUCUUGCCUGAGCGUGAUUCCACACGCCCUCUACGCAUCCUCAUCAUCGGUCGAUAACCUCGCACACGAUACAGCCAUCGCAGCCGGCGACCUCUUCCGCUGGCUCAAGUCAGAUAUCGAAAACGUUAUCGAUAUCAUCAAAGACGACGCGAGUGAAGCGUGGCACUUUGUGGCCACUAUCUCCGGCAAAGUCUACCGAGCGGCACUUACCUCGGUCGAAGCCGUCGUUGGGGCUGCGGAGUGGAUCUUUAAUGCCGUCAAGACGGGCAUUGAGAAGCUCACAUCCUUUGUGGAGUUCCUCUACAGCUGGGACGACAUCAAGCGGACCAAAGACGUCCUCUGCAAUAUGACGAAGCAGUGGCUGCGCGACCAGAUUGACUAUCUCCCGACUGCAAAGACAGAGUUCGAUGCGCAGAUUGCGCACGCGGAGAGUAGCAUCAGGACAUGGGCUGGCAUCCCUGAUUUGGGACCGUCGCUCGGGGACAAGGCUUCAAAGCCCGCAGCCGCAAGUGCCACGAAUCCUACAAAGGGACAUACUUCGGGGUCUCAGAUGAUGAUGACCCAUUUCAAGCACCACAGCGCCAACAUGACAGUCGUAGGGGUGCCGCCAACAACGAAGAAGCCGCAAUCAGGGGUCAUUGACGACCUCCUAGCCGCGCUGGACCACGAGGAAGAAGCUCUUUCAGCAGUGGUGUCUCAGCUCAAGGACCUGGCCAAGCGCUUCUCUUCCAUGACCGUUGAAGAGAUCCUGAAGGAUCUGCUUGGGAUCAUCGCUGUGGGCGUGCUAUCCAGCGUUAAAGUGGUUGUAGACGCCCUACUCAAUGUCCUGAUCGAUCUUCUCGGUGACGCCGUCGGCCUCUUGGAUGUCAAGAUCCACAUCCCAGUCAUUUCCGAUCUUCUCAACGAAAUUAGCAUACCAGACAUAUCCUAUCUUGAUUUGGUAUGCUGGAUCCCCGCCAUGUCCUUCACGGUGAUCUACAAGCUUGCUACCCAGGAGGCCCCCUUCACUGCCGAUGAUGUCGCUCUUCAAGCAGGUUUUGUUGCUGGUAAUUCGGAGGUUAUGCAGGAGAGUGCCAUCAUGACAACAUCCGCCAUCACUUCUUCUGAGACCCUCAAAGACCGCCAGCAACAAGUCAAGGGGCACAAGGGACAGGCCUCUGUGACUUCCAUCUCCUCCUCCGACUCAGUGAGCGCAGCCAGCACGGUACCCACGACCCCUGGAUCCACCAAGCCAGUGACCUCCAAAAAGGAUCAGUUAAAGUACUCUCUGUGCCAUAUCGCCGCCGGGGCCAUGAGCUUCCUGGCAAUAUGGGUCACCCCCUUGGAAGUUGUUAUUCCAGCAGGUAUAUAUAACCCGUGGGGCAAUAUUUCGACGACCAUGGCACUUGUCAGCACCGCCGCCUUGUCUACCGCCGAUUCUUACGCCCCUAAAGACCCUAUUCAAGACGAGGACCUCGCUUCUUUGUCGGAUCUGAUCACGGCUAUCGGUUUGGCCAAUAUCAUCGUCUUCAGCGAUAUUGGCCAGGAACACAUCAUCCCGGCCGGCAAUGCCCUGAGGGUCAACGACCCUCGGGCUACAGCGGCUUAUGUUGAUAGUAUACUCGUCUUCCCAGCGGCAGCAAUCACGGCGGUACACCUGAGCGAGCUCGCCUCCGCUAAACUGAGUGCGGACCAGGCGGCGGCUUUCUUGGGCGAGUUGGCCAACAUGACGUCUUAUGUCGUGCGAACAAACUACUUCGUGGCAGUCAAAUCGCCAGGAACCCCAGCUGCAGCGCAGGCGGUGGAAGAUAUGGAAGACGGGAACAUUUACCAAACCGGGUUCGAGGCGGCGCAAGCUGCGAUAGGUAUUGGUCAGGCUAUUUUCCAGUAG